AUGGUAUUCAUUGACCUCGAGAAAGCUUAUGAUAGGGUGCCUCGUGAAGUGUUAUGGUGGGCUAUGAAAGAGAAAGGUGUGCCUGGAAAACAUACAGGAAGAGGCACCCUGGUGCCUCUUCCUCUUCCACAACAGAAGCUGGAGAGUGUGGGCUUGAAAAUCAGCAGAACAAAGACAGAAUACAUGUUCUGCGAUUUCGGCGGUCUCUCCAGUCCUGAAGCUAUAAAGCUUGUUGGUGUGCGCCUUCCAGUCUGCUCCGACUUCCGUUGUGAUUGUUAUCAGGAGAACGGGCGCGCGGCGCCGGACCUGACGGCCUCGCCGGGCCGCGCGCCGCCCGGACCGCCGCAGCCGCCGCGCGCCAACCACGCGCCCCCCUGCGUGCUGCAGCCAGACUUCCGAAAGGUAUCAGGAGUGAGCAAUGAAAUAUUCAGGCAGAUUGAAAUGGUGGAAAAUGACCACGAUUCCACAACCGCCGCGGCGCUUGAGGCGGUGGAGCGCCGCGGCGAGAUGAUCGUUCGGAUCCUUGAAAUCAGACAAGUGGGCCGAAACAAUAUUGAAGCCGCCAAGAAAUUCUUCGCAUUACAGGACUCCCGUCACAUAGUCCAGCUAGUGGAAAUAGUUAAGCGUCCCGGCCAGACCUUAGGGCUUUAUAUCAGGGAAGGUGACGGGGGAGCUCGAACGGACGGAGUCUUCAUAUCCCGGAUAGCACUGGAAUCUGCCGUCUACAACAGCGGCUGUCUCAAAGUAGGAGAUGAGAUUCUGGCUGUGAACCUGGUGGAUGUCAGACGGAUGUCUUUGGAUGACGUCGUGAUCAUCAUGUCGAUACCAAGGAGGUUGCUGCUAUGCACGCGGCAGAGGAAAGGUAAAUCAGGACCUGGCUCUCCAUCGAUGCCACGAUCGGAGCACAAACCGCCGCCCGUAGUGGUGCUCAAGAGAGACUGCCGCGACGAUGACGACAGAGACAGGGAUCGAGUGGAUGGACUGUAUUCACAGCAUGGGACGUUGCGUUCUGCGGGCCCUGGUGGAGGAGUUCGACCAGUUGGUGACGGCCGCGAGGAAAGAAGUCGUCUCCAACUCGGCGCCCUCUCUCCCGACUCCACAGCACUGGAUCUUUACUACAAUCCAAGGCCACCUUCAGACCAUUCUACUUGGAGUUAUCGUCCACCUCCACCAGUGAUAACUGAACAGCCCAAGUCACAAGCGACGCACUUUGUUCCUUACGAGCGAUCUUAUCCAAACACUUUGGAUAGUUUAGCUGAGAAAGUCCACUCUUUCUAUCCAGCUGACAGCGGCAGUACUCGUUUCGGGGGUCGAGUACCAAGAUCGGGCUCAGAACAGCAAUUGCCAAGAGCGGAGACUCAUUCUGACUUUGGUAGACAUUCCUUGCUGAGAUCUAGCUUAAAAGCUUCGGCGGCUACUGGGGCCUCAAGUUUAAGAUACAACCAACGAUACGGUGGUGUAGGCAUGCCUGGCUCUGGUCUCUCAGGCACUGGACUAACCGACUCCGGUUUGGCUGGAUCUGGCUUAGGCCCCGGUCUUCCUUCAGGAUUAUCUACAACUGGACUCAGCGGCCUAACUGGUUCGAGCCUCGUUGGCUCUGGCUUGACAAGUUCUGGCCUCGGAUCAGCGUUGGGUGGAACUGGACUCGGCUCGGCACUUACAGGGGGAUAUGGAACCACUGGUUUAGGACUGCCAUCCUACAGCAGUAAAUUUGGAACAGCUAGAAGGAACCGAAGUCUGGACUACUCUUCAGACACGGAGGCUACGGCUCCUACUAGAACUCCAUAUUAUUCAGGGCUGAGUGGUUACAGGAGUAGCACUUUGGGAAGGGACAUUGGAUCGAAGUUUAAUUCACUGCCAAGGGAUGUGAGGGGCACUGGACAGAGGUUGGGUCUUAGUAGGCGUGCAGGAAGUGUUCUCCAAGAUGAACCAGAGCCUUUGUCAUCGCGACUGGAUCUUCGUUCUUCCAGGGGUCGUUUACCGUCCUCUCCUUCAGUAUUUACAUCGGACGAGUACAGGGCGUGGCUGUCCCGAGCGCCGUCAACUAGCGCGCUCUAUGAGACCUUGCGGCCAAGACUUCCAACACACUACUCUGCUGAAAACAUCCAUGACGCGCUCAAAAACAUGGAAAGCGGUAGUCGAUUCGGGUCAUCAUUAGGCCUGGCAGGUCGUCGGGUAGAAAGACCACGUCAUUUACCCGCGCGCUCGGUUUCAUCUCAGCAACUUGGGGCCACGCAGCAGUUAGGUGCGGGAGCGGGAGGCUCACCUUCUGCUCGUCGCGUCAGGCAGCUGCUGGAGUUAGGGUCACGCUUCAACUGUCCCAAUCCAAGCCCAGUGCCGACGCCAGGGUCUCGUCAUCAGAGACACCUUGACAUCAAUCCAAGCGAGUUCCUAAAAUACAAAGUCGAGAAACCUACAACUGGAGGUCUUUCUGCGUCAAUGACGGGUCUUUCGCGGUUAUCUGGUGGUAUAUCGGGCAUGCUGUGGGUGCAUCUGUUAGCGGGACGUGGUUUACGUCCAUCAGCUUCUGGUGCAUCCCCAGGAUCGCCUCCAUCGGGCCCUCUUGCUCCACAACAGCCACCCGUUGCACCCAGAGACUUGUACUGCGUAUUGGAAUGCGAUCGCGUGCAUAAAGCUCGUACUGUGGUACGUACUGGAGAGCUUCAGUUUGACUGGGACGAGUCAUUUGAACUGGAUUUAGUAGACAACCGGCAGCUGGACGUUCUUGUCUACUCAUGGGAUCCGCAGCACCGGCACAAGUUGUGUUACCGUGGAGCCGUGACACUUCCAGACUUGUUAUCCCGCGCUCCUGCUCAUCAGCUCGCUAUAAAGAUGGAACCGCGCGGCACUCUCUACGUCCGCGUGAGACACACGGAACCGCAUGAUCUCUUCCGAAGAAGAACGGCACCAGCUCGUGGAGCACCACUCUUUGGAGCUGAACUAGAAGCGGUAGUGUCGAGGGAACCACGACCAUCACACGCCCCACCCGUACCGCUCAUAGUCAGGCGCUGUGUAGAAGAAAUUGAAAGACGAGGAUUGGAUAUUAUCGGUCUUUACCGCCUUUGUGGGUCGGCGAGUAAAAAGCGCAUCCUUCGAGAGGCAUUUGAGAGGAAUGCACGUGGCGUAGAACUGGCUCCAGAUUCAGUACCAGACAUCAACGUUAUUACUGGUCUCUUGAAGGACUACCUGAGGGAGUUGCCGCAGCCUUUGUUCAGUCGCUGUCUGUAUCAGAUGACACUUGAUGCCCUAGGUGUAUGCCUCCCAGACGAUAGGGAAGGUAACGCUCGACUUAUGGCUUCGAUAGUCGAAUGCUUGCCUAGGGCUGCGCGAUCCACUUUAGUAUUCUUACUGGACCACUUGGCUCUCGUGGUCGCUGCUCAAGACCGAAACAAGAUGUCGCCGCAACACCUCGCCGUGGCUCUUGCUCCACCAUUGAUGCUGCAUUCACAGCCACCUACGGAACUCGACUAUCAGAGACCAAUACAUGUGCUGCAAUGUCUUCUGCAAAUUUGGCCACCGCCUAAACGUUCAGUUCGGCGCGGCGAGCCAGUAACCGGGCCGCGUGGAAACAGAGUCAGUGCGUCGCAAGCGGGCUCACUCACCCUCCCCCCAGGCCGAGUUCCGCCCUCAGUCAGUCCAUAUCGGCCUCAAGUGGCAGUAUCAGCAGCAUCUCCGCCGCCAGCUCUCUCGGGUCGGCCCGCGCCAGACCGCUCGCCGCCCGCACAUGUUCUCUCAUCAGUCAGGGCAGGCCAAUAUCGUCCGCAGUCGCCUCUUCGCGGCCCACUACCCGCUCCGCCUCGGUCCCGUCAGGUGACAGUGUCCUCGCCCGGCUCACCCAGCAGUAGCUCCGGCAGCCACAGCCCGGCGGACACUAUCAAGCACGGAGGAUCCGUGUCCUCUAUCCUGCGGCAGCCGGAGCGCGCCGCAUCCCCGCGGUCGUCGCCGAGGUCCUCGCCGCGAGCGUCGCCGCGGGCGUCACCGCGUGACUCCCCGCGUACUAGCACGCCGCGGGAAGCCCGGGAACACGCGUCUAGGGAAUCCUCCCGGGAGCACACCCCGCGAGAGAACUCCCGCGAGCACACGCCGCGCGACACGCCCCGGGAGCACACACCGCGCGAGGCGGGCCCGCGAGAGUCGCCGCGCUCGGUGAUCCCGGGCACGUCGGCGGGGCUGGCCGUGACGCUGAACUCGCCGGGGCGCGCGGGCGCGGGCGGCCUGAGCCCGCGCUACAGCUCCACCAACCCGUUCCUGCAGCAGUACGACGCCGACGAGGAGGCCGAGGCGUGGCGCGCCGCCGACAUAUUCUCCUCGCCCUCCACGCACGCAUAGUGCUCGUAGCGAAUUGAGAUUUUCUAGUCAAUUUUUUUAAUCGAAUCGAAAGAGUGCUACGAUUCCGCUGUAUAUUAUGUUGUUUAUUCGACGAGCGUGGUGCGCGUUCGUGUAAUGUUUGUUAUAUAUAGAGCGAGUUACGAUGUAUAUUACUGUGAGAAUGUAUACAUACAUGCUGAGGCGCGAGGCGUCACGCCUCGCCGGCCGCCGGCGUCCCGCCCCGUAGCCACUAUAGUGUUUAUCGUAUUGUAUUGUACAUUGUAUAUAAUAAACGUAUAUGUAGGUACGCUCCAAUUUUGUACCAUUCGGGCGGAACCGCGGCGGGCGGCCCGCGGCGCUACACACAUCAUCCCACAUAUCAGAGACUUGUGUACGGAACCGACACCUCGAAAGAUGGCCACAGAACAGAAUUAACAAAUCAGCUUCCACAAAUAAGACUAAAUGAAAAUCCAUUAAAAUAACUAUAAUAUUUAUGAUCAAUAUUAAGUGUCGACGACGGACACAAGUCAGUAGCUCGAGUAGGGAGAGUGUAUCAUAGAUCAGACGUACGGACUGUCUUGAGACUGAGACCAUAUCAGAGUAGCUCGUAGACUCGAAGGAUAUCCGUCGUAGAACGAGCGAUUACGUCAAUAUUGGAAAACGUCUAGCAAACGCAAAGCUGUUGUGAAUGUUAAAGUACUAUUUAAAUAAUCCCCGUUCUUUAAUAACGUAAUAAAUAUAUAACAAUAUAUUGUAAUUAACUAUACCUAGUGUUAGUAAAGCCUUUUUACGAGUCGCUAAUUCUAUGAAGGAAUGGAAUCAAUUCCGUUUGGAUCGGUCGCAUUCUCAAGAUCAGAGGCGAUGUGUUCCAAGUUCGAAUAACAAGACGAUCUGAGAGUCUAAUAUAGAAAAUAUGUAUUCGAAAAUGUACGUUAGCAUUCGAAAUUUGAAAACAUAACCUCAGUUCUUAUAACUAGCGUCUGCUAGACAUAUAAGAGUGGGAGAAAUCGACCAAUGACAGCACUGAUCCUUAUCUCACUGCCAUGAUUGGUCCAUUUAUAAUAGAAAGCAUAUUAAUUAUACACUUCUUUAUAUGUCUGUCGGAGGCAACACGGUUACUUUAUACUUUUGAGCGACACUUCAAGACAAAAUUUUGUUAUUAAAUAUUAACUGUUUAUAAAAAUAGCAUUGCACAAAUAACACGACUGAUAUGGGACACAAAAUGUUUUUGAUACUUUUUACUUUUUGUACCUGUUCCUCGUUUGUAAUAUUGAAUACCUACUAGGGCUUCGUUGGAGAACCUCGCCUUUGCUGUACCUCUAUAAAAUAAAAUUAAAUCAGUAUUCGUUCACGAAUUCCCUUUAUUCUAAUUCAUUGUACAAAUGUUCGUGUAAAACGUCUUGAAUCUGAACUGUUUCCAUAAAGGAAUUCGUGUACGCGUCAUAGUUACAAUAUCUUAUAUGAAGGCUGAAAAUCGAUGACAAUAUGUAGAUGUAUUUGAAUCGAUCGUACGAAUUGAAUGAUCGAACGAUCGCCUUCAUAAAGAUUUUGACAAUCGGUUUGUAUUGCUGGACACUCAAUGUUUUAGAUGUUGUUUAUAAUGUGUGGAAUGAUAAUUUAAUUGCAAAUAUAUAAAUAUUAGAUAAUAGAGGGGUUAUUACACUAAAUAUAGUUAAAGGGUAUGAUCACAGUGGAUCACAUUGAUCAGAAUACAUGUUUAGUAUAGUUCAAAUAAGUUCUUCGUUCGAUGGAUGGUUAAUAUAAAUAUUUUGAGGUAUUUAAAUUGUUUCUCAAUGUCCUGACGAUCUGGAGGACGUUGUUCUAGUUGUGACUGUUAUCACGAUAGUUGUCCGUCAAUGCGAACCGAUGCCUUCACUCGCUGCGCCUUACUCGACCUAGUAAAUUAU